AUGCUGGAAUCGUGUCAAUCCGAGAAUGAUGAGGUGCAACAGACAUUGAAAACCAUUGAUCCCUCAAAAAUCCAAGAAAAUGCGAUUUACUUGAUGGAGACAUCAGGAUUGCCCAUGUUGAGUCCCAAACAGCUCUGUGCAGUUGAGUCUGCAGCUCUACAUCACCCCAACAGAUCUGUGGUAAUGGCAGUGAACAAUACGUUCUUGCAGCUGCCCAUAGUUUUGAAGUCCUGGUCUGAAAUGUACCCAAAUGUUAUGUUCAUCAAUAUGGACAUAGUCCAAUGGCUGAAUGGGACCAUUCUUCUGCCAUGGCUUUCUAAAAACUUACUUGACAAGAGUCCACUUGACAAGCCAGUAAUGCCAUGA